AUGCCCGCAGUGAAAUCUAAGGUUAAUCUCAAUGACCCUCAGUGGAUUACUCCUGAAUUUAAGACUCUAAUCGCCAAGCGUCAGCAAGCUUUUAUGUCAGGGGAUUUAGCCAGCUUCCGUCACCUUCGAAAUACUGUUAACCGGGAGCGGAAAGCUCUUCGUGAGAGGUUUUUUGCUUCUAAAGUUAAACAUCUAAAGAACACCAAGCCCUCCCAAUAGUGGGGGGAGGUCAAGCGUAUCGUUUGGAUGAAUCCUGCAUCAGGUUCUGACAAUCUGCGUUCGCUACUCCACGUUGAGGGACUGGAUCACCAUCUUCCAGACCAUGAUGUCGCAAAUGCCAUCAAUUCUGCCUUUCUGGACCAAAUAAAGUCUUUCUCGCCACUCAAUGCUACUCCACCCUUCGGAGCGAACUCGGCGGUGGUAACCAUUUCUGAGGUCGAUGUUUUGACCGCAAUCAGAAAGUUGAACCCCCGCAAGGCUGCGGGUCCCGAUGGGAUAUCUAGUUGGGUGUUUGGGGAAUAUGAAUUGUAGCUUUGCUGAGCAACAACUUCCCCUAUCUUGGAAGCUGGCGGAUGUGGUACCCAUUCCUAAACAGAAACCUGUCGAAGUCAUCAACAAGCACUUACGACCCAUUUCCCUCACACCAAUAAUUUCCAAAUUAGCCGAAGACUUCGUGAUAUCUGCGUUCAUCGGUCCGGCUGUGUUGAAAAUUAUCGAUCCCGACCAGUUUGGAGCCUUACCGAAAUCCUCCACGGCCCUAGCUCUGACGUCCAUGCUUCAUCACUGGACGCGCGCAACUGA